CACAACACCACAAACUUAACACUGAUAAUAUCUUCAAUUAUCCUUCACUUCUGGAGGUUACAAGAAGCUCUGGAGUCACUACCACCGCCGCUACAAGAAGCUCUGGAGUCAUUACCACCGCCACCUACAUUACUAAGGUCAUCCUGGUUCCAGAGGCUGGCACAUGUAGUGUCAACAUCAGCAUCAAUAAGCUCAAACAAGUGUCAUAAAUACUGAAAUAUGUAUAUUGACUGCACAGUGUAACUGUUGUGUUUGACAUAUAUAUAUAUAUAUAUAUACACUGACAGCACAAUGGAACUACAGUGUUACAAACGCAACAUUUACAGUGUCGGCAAUAGUGCUCAUGUAAGUGACAUAGUUACUAUUACACCUCACACUUAACAGUCUUCAUCAUUCUUAUUUUGUUCUGUACAUCAUUAUCACUGAUGUUUACAAUAAGAACUUUUUCAUAAUGUACAUUGUUAUGAGAUGGUUGAGAAUGCUUUGGCACAGACAUUUAAAUUAAUUUUCAUCACUAGAGAAACCUUGAUGGCAGGCACUUUGCUGCCUGUCAGCUGUUUUUGUUUCAAAUAAUAAGAGCAACUCCUCCUGUUCCCCAGCCACUGUAUGACCUUCUUGGUUCAGUGAUGCCAGUGUUUAUAAUAACAUAACAACAUAGUAUCAGAGAAAUAUUGACUCUUAGUGUAAUGAAAUGCUUACUGUAGAUCAUUACAGUAAAUCGUCAGUAUCAUGAACUAAUAGGGAAGUGUCCAUUUUAUCAAAAUAAUGGUAAAGAAUAACAAUUAAGUGUACAGAAGUUACAGAAGUACAGUACAUACUGUAUACCUAAUAUAGUACUGUACGCAGAGUUUUACUAAAUUAAACAUUAAAAAUAGUUAAGUUAAAAGUACAAUUUAACCAGUGGAUUUUGCGCAUAAUUUUAAAAGUCUGUUAUGUAGAGGGUUUACUCUGUCAUUGACCACCAUGUCAAAAACACUUAAAAAAGAAGGUGUCGCGGAAACACAAGGUAUGACACCUACAGAGAACGAAUUACAUCAAUAUUCUCAGUCUCUACAACACUCCUCACAAAAAUCACAUUGUGCAUCUCUGAGGAGAAGUAAUAGUGGCAAAAAACCCAUCCAGUGUUCAUUGUGCCAAAAAAAAUUUUCUUUCAGAUCUGUGUUAUUGAAACACAUGAGAAUUCAUACCGGAGAGAAACCAUACCAGUGUUCAGUGUGCCUUAAAAACUUCUCUCAAAACACUCACUUAAUAGAUCACAUGAGGAUCCAUACUGGAGAGAAACCAUAUCAAUGUUCAGUUUGUCCAAAAGAAUUUUCCCAAAAAUAUUAUUUAGUACAACACAUGAGAAUUCAUACUAGAGAGAAGCCGUACAAGUGUUCAGAGUGUCUGAAAGAAUUUUCUCAAAAGUCUGACUUAAUGAAACACAUUAGAAUUCAUUCUGGGGAGAAACCGUAUCAGUGUUCAGAGUGUUUAAAAGAGUUUUCUCAAAACUCGUCAUUAAUAAAACACAUGAGAAUUCAUACUGGAGAAAAACCAUAUCAUUGUUCGGAGUGUCUAAAAGUAUUUUCAGCUAAAUCUAAUUUAAUAACUCACAUGAGAAUUCAUACUGGUGAGAAACCAUAUCAGUGUUCAGUGUGUCUUAAAAAUUUUUCAGAUAAAUCCAAUUUAGUAAGUCAUAUGAGAAUUCAUAAUGGAGAGAGCCCUAUCAGUGUUCAGCAACAUGACUGAAAUAUUUUAUUUUUUAUUAUCACACCGGCCGAUUCCCACCAAGGCAGGGUGGCCCGAAAAAGAAAAACUUUCACCAUCAUUCACUCCAUCACUGUCUUGCCAGAAGGGUGCUUUACACUACAGUUUUUAAACUGCAACAUUAACACCCCUCCUUCAGAGUGCAGGCACUGUACUUCCCAUCUCCAGGACUCAAGUCCGGCCUGCCGGUUUCCCUGAAUCCCUUCAUAAAUGUUACUUUGCUCACACUCCAACAGCACGUCAAGUAUUAAAAACCAUUUGUCUCCAUUCACUCCUAUCAAACACGCUCACGCAUGCCUGCUGGAAGUCCAAGCCCCUCGCACACAAAACCUCCUUUACCCCCUCCCUCCAACCCUUCCUAGGCCGACCCCUACCCCGCCUUCCUUCCACUACAGACUGAUACACUCUUGAAGUCAUUCUGUUUCGCUCCAUUCUCUCUACAUGUCCGAACCACCUCAACAACCCUUCCUCAGCCCUCUGGACAACAGUUUUGGUAAUCCCACACCUCCUCCUAACUUCCAAACUACGAAUUCUCUGCAUUAUAUUCACACCACACAUUGCCCUCAGACAUGACAUCUCCACUGCCUCCAGCCUUCUCCUCGCUGCAACAUUCAUCACCCACGCUUCACACCCAUAUAAGAGCGUUGGUAAAACUAUACUCUCAUACAUUCCCCUCUUUGCCUCCAAGGACAAAGUUCUUUGUCUCCACAGACUCCUAAGUGCACCACUCACUCUUUUUUCC